AAAAUAAAUUUAUCUAUAUAAGUAAGGCUUUAAGUAAAGCGAAAUUCUUGUCUUGUAUAAGUAUUUGGAAAAUUUUGGAAGAGAUUCUUCAAAUUUGUUGUGCGAAGAAGGAUCUGUACGGAAGAAGAUCGGAAGAGAGCGAAGAUGGAGGAGACAAAUCAGAGGCGGAAGGGAAACGGAGAGAAGAAAAGCUGCUGCGAUGAAAUCAGAGAGGAUUGUCGGUUGGUUUCGUUUAAGGAGUUGCCUGAGUAUAUGAAAGAUAAUGAGUUUAUUCUUCAUUAUUAUAGAGCUGAAUGGCCUCUCAAGCGAGCUCUUCUUAGUGUCUUCCAAUGGCACAAUGAAACCCUAAAUGUUUGGACGCAUUUGAUUGGAUUUGUUUUGUUCUUGGGAUUGUGUUUGGCGAAUCUGAUGGAAGAAGUGCCUCAAGUGGCGGAUUUGUUCGGGUUCUUUUCCAGGUCUAUGCUCACAUCUUUCUGUUCAAACAUUUCCUAUGUUUCUAGAGAUUUCAUUGGAACCACAGCAACAGAACUGAUGGAAUUGAUGGGAAGCGUCCACCACGAAGGCGGCGGCAACAUCAGUUUGGUAACCAACGGAUCGAGCACAGAACGGUGGCCAUUCUUCGUGUUCUUAGGCGGCUCAAUGUUCUGCCUUCUCUCGAGCAGCAUUUGCCAUCUCUUUUCUUGCCACUCUCACCCUCUAAAUCUGCUCUUACUCAGAAUCGACUACAUCGGAAUCGCCGUCAUGAUCAUCACCUCCUUUUUCCCCCCAAUUUACUACAUCUUUCAAUGCGAUCCCCUCUGGCAAUUCGUCUAUCUCGCCGGAAUCACCAUCAUGGGCAUCUUCACCAUCCUUACUCUGCUAUCCCCGGCGCUUUCCACUAGCAAAUUCCGGUCCUAUAGAGCUCUUCUCUUCGUCUCCAUGGGUCUCUUCGGUAUUGUUCCCGCGAUUCACUCCGCCGUCGUGAAUUGGGGUAAUCCUCGCCGUAAUAUCACUCUGGCUUAUGAAGCGGCGAUGGCUCUGUUUUAUCUCACUGGAACCGGGUUUUACGUGAGCCGGAUUCCGGAGCGGUGGCUUCCAGGCCGGUUCGAUCUGGCCGGACAUAGCCACCAGCUAUUUCAUGUUUUGGUGGUUUUUGGAGCUUUGGCCCAUUACGGUGCCACCAUUGUUUUGUUGGAGUGGCGUCAGAAUUUUGGGUGCGAAAAUUUGACGUUGUGAAAGGAAAAACACAAAUCAAACUGCAAACCCAAUUGUUUAGCCUAUUUAAUUUGGAAAUUAAACGCUUAAUUUAAAAAUUUGUAUUUUUUUUCUUCUUAAUUUAUUUAUUCAUCAGCAACUUCUUUGAUUUUCUCA